AUGGGUGCGAAUCAGUCUACUCACAUUACGAGCGCGGACCCUCUUCAGUUCGCAUCUGUCGAUGUUACCGAUGAUCCGGCGUCCUGGACGACAUACGAAUACAUUGUGGUUGGAGGAGGUUCCGCUGGCUGCGUCCUCGCUGCGAGAUUGUCAGAAGACCGAAAUGCAACGGUUUUACUGCUCGAGGCAGGAAAGAGCCACUUGAGCGACGUGCCCACCAGGAUUCCAUUUGGGUUCUCCAAGAUUUUCAGGACGCCCACUGACUGGAACCUCUAUACGACAGCUCAGACAAAUUUGCAUGGUCGCGAGACGUACUUUCCCCGUGGCAAAAUACUAGGAGGUACCAGCGCUACUAAUGCGCUGAUCUACCACCACUGCUCCCCCGAGGACUUCGAUGAAUGGGUGUCACUUGGUGCAACGGGGUGGUCGUAUGCUGACCUACUCCCCUACUUCAAGAAGUCUGAGAAGCAUACUCCUAACACAAAGAUCGCUAGAACGGAUCUCUCUUCUCGUGGAUUGGACGGUGCCUGGCAGACCAGACAUCCGUCGGAAGUUGCACCCAUUGACGGUUACGCCAUCGAAGCAUGCAAAAAUUUGGGAAUACCACAUACUGAAGACAUCAACACCCCAAAAGGCACUAUGGGCGUGACCCAUCUCACCGGCAAUAUCAACUCAAAGGGACAGAGGGAUUCUGCAGCAACGGCAUAUCUCACCAACGAAGUCGUAUCCAGACCGAACUUGACUAUCGCCACCAAUAUCAUGGCGGAGAAGGUCGUAUUCGACGAAUCGGGGCCAACAAUCCGUGCGACCGGGGUUGUGGUCUCCGUAGGUCCUACAUCGCCUCGGUAUCAUGUCGCCGCCUCGCGCGAGAUCAUCUUAUGCGCGGGAGUGGUUGGGACUCCUCAGAUGCUCAUGUUGUCUGGGAUCGGUCCUGUCGAAGAGCUCGCGAAGCACGACAUUCCUCUUGUACAUGCGCUUCCAUCAGUGGGGCGAAACCUCGUGGAUCAUGUCUCGACUGGACCGCUUCCCUUCCGCGCGAAGCCAGGGUUCACCUAUGACUAUAUCACCAACAGGUUUUCCGGCUUUCUAGCGCUUUUGAAGUGGUACGCUUUCGGCACUGGCCCACUAUCGUCCAUGGGUUGGCCCUCUGCUGCAUUCGUGCGCUCGACGGACCCCAGUCUGCCCGUCAGUCGAACGGGAGAAGAGCCGAUCCCGGUCACAGAUCAAACCUCUAGGCCAGGCGCCCCUGAUGUGGAGCUGAUCUGGUUUCCCAUGACGGUAUUCGACGACAAAUUCGCAAAACCGCCGCCUGGUACCCAUGGCGUGACUCUCGCUGCCUUGUUGCUGCGCCCAGAGAGCAAGGGAAACAUCACGUUGAGGUCGCGCAGCAUUUGGGAUGCGCCCUUAAUUGAUCCCAACUGCCUCGCGACCGAAAACGACCUGAACAUAUUGAUUCGUGCGACACGCCUCCUUAUGCGCCUCGCGCGUACCGAGCCGCUGGCAUCUGCGCUUGAGUUCGGGCCCCAUUCCGGAGACAAGAGCUCGCCGUGGUGGCUUUGCGAUGCCGACCCGGACAAGGUUACCGAUAAGGAGCUUGAAGACCUGCUGCGCGAUAAUGCCCUGCCUGCUAAGCAUCCCGUGUGCACUGCCAGUAUGGGCUCUUUCCCAGAGACGAGCGUCGUGGACGCUGAGCUCCGUGUGCACGGAAUAGACGGACUCAGGAUCGUCGACGCUUCGGUAUUCCCGUCUCAGCUUUCGGGGCAUCCGUGCGCAGUCAUCGUCGCGAUGGCGGAGAAAGCUGCAGACAUGAUCAAGAAGACGAGGCGUGUGUUAUAA